CACACACAAGAUAUGUAAGACUUUUGUAUUCAUUCCCCUGUCACGUCUGCGAAAGCACAACAACAAGAAAAAGUAGUAAUCAACUUGGUGUAAGUUGAACUUGAUAAUAGAUUCGUUUAAUUAAUUAAUUAACUAAUUAAUUAAUUAAUUAGUUAAUGCCCAGACUCUAAUUAAGUUUACCAGAAAAAUUAGUCCCAACCUAAUCUCUCUCUACCAUUUGUGUGUUUUAUCUCUGUGCUUUAUUUUACUUCUUUUAAUAUAGAUUUGUUACGUGCAAUGUACUUUCUAUAAAGCGUAAAACUACGUCAAAUGUGAAUUAAUUGAAAUAAAAGCUUCUUGAUCCAAGAAAAAAGUGGCAAGUUGCGGCUUGCUUGUUCUCUUUUCUUAAUAAGAUGCAAAUUUUGCUUUUACUUUACGGAAUAAAGAGAAUUUAGAAAUUCCGGUAUGGUAAAAAGGCGCAAUAAGUGUCACAUUUUUCGGAUAUGUGUGAACUCACUGAUCUUUUCUUUCGAAUUUCAAUAAAGUCUAUGGGUGAAGAUAUAUACCAUUCAUCUACAAUCCCCUCCCGAUUUAUUUAUCAGUAGUAGUGGUAGUAGUUGUUGGUCUAUUCAAAGUGUAAUUAUGUUUUCCUCAACUACUAAUAUAUGUGUAUAAAAUUAAUUACCCGAUGAAGUUCGGCGGCGUAGAAUAGACCAACAAGUACUAGUAUUUAUGUUUUCGUCAAACGGUCCCUGCUUAAUUAGGACAGCUAAUAAACACACUUUGAAUAAAUAUUAGUAGUUGUUUGAAUUCGCUACAACGACAAAUAAGAAAAAUAAAUAUAGUACGAUUAGGUUAGGUUUACAACUAUUAAUAAAUUAUCGAAGAUACUCCAGUGUAGUAAUUAAAUGUUUUGUAUAUUAGAUGAAAGUGUCCAUUUCGAGACAAUGAAUGGCCAAAACAUGUUGCAGGUAAGAGAGGUGGGGUCGGACACAAAGUUAGCUGUUCUAACUGCACCAUUUUCUCUGGAAAACGAGGAAUCAGAUUCAAAGUAUAGAGCUCCGAACUUGAUCCAACGUAUACUAAGCCUUCUCUCUAGUGUACGGCCAGGAUCAGACCUAACUCGCCUUCAGCUUCCACCUCAGUUCAACAUUCCAAAGUCUCAGCUUCAGUGCUAUGGCGAAUCAUUGUACUCCACCAAUUCUGACAUGUUGACCAAGUGCUCCAAUGAGGAAACGCCACUUGGCCGAUUCGUUUCGGUUGUUGCAUGGAGCAUAUCCACUCUGCGCCCCUUGCCUUUCGGUUUGGCUCCGUACAACCCUAUUCUUGGAGAGACUCAUCACGUCUCGAGGGGGACACUAAAUGUGCUACUAGAACAGGUUUCACAUCAUCCACCGGUGACUGCACUUCAAGCAACCGAUGACAAAAACAACAUAGAAAUGAUAUGGUGUCAAUCUCCCCUACCAAGAUUCCAUGGCACUUACAUCGAAACGGAGGUGCACGGGGAGAGGCGGUUGAAUAUUCUGGACAAGAGAGAAACUUACACGAUGAAUUCUCCGAAGCUUGUAAUAAGAUUUUUCCCUUUGCCAGGUGUCGAUUGGCUGGGAAAUGUCAAGAUUCGGUGUGAAGAAAGUGGGAUUGAAGCAGAGUUGUGUUACAGAGGAAACUCGUUUUUGCCACGACCCUCUAUACAUAGGUCGGUUAAAGGGAAGAUAUUUAUGUCAUCCACAUCGAAGACCGUUUACGAGGUUAGUGGCCACUGGGACAGAACUGUAAUUUUGAAAGAUGUUUCCACCAGAAAAACAACGACCAUCUACGAUGCUAAAGAAGCACUUCACCGAUUGAAGACUCCCAUUGUUAAGGAUCCAAAGGCGGUUUUAGAGAGCGAAUCGAGUGUGGUGUGGGGAGAAGUGAGCGAGGCCAUUCUGGAAAAGAGCUGGGGAAAAGCUAAGGAAAUCAAGACAUGCAUUGAGGAAAAGCAGAGAGAAGCUGCAAGAGAGAGAAAGUCGAGACAAAAACAAGACGAAGAAGAAGAAGAAGAUUAUAUUCCGAAGUAUUUUACAGUAUCUCACAGCAAAGAAAAUGGAUGGAGCUGCUUACCCAACAAUAAGUUGGUUCCAACAGCUCCAAUUGUUGUUAAUGACUAACCCUUUUUGUAAAACCAACAUAUAUAAUAUACAUGAUUUAAAUGUUA